CAUUAAUUAUCAUCAAUUUGUGCCGCAAUUGUGGCCAUUAUUUUGCCGAUGGAGUGGACGAACGACGAGAGUUCGCGCACCAAAGCGUCGAUCGCUUCCCUGCGCUAUACGAGCGAUGCGUUCGCCGCUCUCUUCUGCGCUCCGCUGAAGAGAACCCCCGAAAUCAAUAGAGGAUAUUAUGCGCGCAUUUCGGCCGUCAAUCACGUGAUCCGCGAGUUCUGCCGCCGAGAGGGCCCAACCACUCAAGUCGUGAACGUCGGCGCCGGCUUUGACUCACUCUUCUGGCGACUUUCGGCCGAAAAGACGUGUUUCGCGCGCGUCGUUGACGUGGACUCCGAACACGUGACGCGACAUAAGAUCCGAGCGAUCGACAAAUGGCCGCAAUUGAAGGCCGAAGUGGAGAACCCGUUGACAGAGGACUGCGCUCUGCAUUCCGACAGAUAUCACGCCAUCUCUUGUGACGCGACGAAAGCGCGGAAACUGACGCAACGAUUAGUCAACGAAUGCCACGUUUGCGACACGAAUCCCAUUCUCUUCGUCUUCGAGUGCGUUCUCCUCUACUGGACACGUGACCAGACGUCUGGCCUAAUCAGCGCUCUGUCGCAGGCCUUUCCGUCGUCCGCUUUCCUCGUCUUCGAUGUGUUCAAUACUGACGACACGUUCGCUCACGUGAUGCAAGACUCGCUGCAAUCGCGAGACACUCCGCUUCUGGGCGUCUCGUCGUCCGUCACUCUCGACCAAUGGAAAGACAAGUUCGCGGAGAACGGCGUCCAGAAUGUGAUCGCGUGGGAUAUGAACACAGUUUACGACCAGUUGUUGUCUCGAGAGGACAGACAACGCGUCGAAAGACUCGAAUUUCUCGACGAAACCGAACUUUUGACUCAACUCUUGUCUCAUUAUUGUCUCGUUUUUGCACGUUCGCGCGCAUCACUGAACAACCGGCCAAAUGCGGCGUUCGCUUCCGCUACGAGUGCGAGGGCCGCAUCUCGGGUGCCAUUCCCGGCCAGAGCUCCACAACAGUGCGGCCCACGUUUCCCACCAUCCAGCUCUUCAACCACACCGGCCGGGCCAAAGUGGUCGUCUCACCAUCCCUUCCGCGCGCAUCCGCACAAUCUGGUGGGCAAGAAGUCGUGCAAAGACGGCGUGUGUUCGCUCGUGUUCGCCGACGGCGUCUGCGUCUUCAACAAUCUCGGCAUUCUGUGCGCCAAACGCAAAGACAUUCGCGAGCGGCUGCGCGUACGCGAGGCCCUGCGUGUGGACCCCUUCCGCACGGGUUUCGGCCACAAAUCGCAAGCUUUCAAAAUCAUAGAUCUGGCGGUCAUUCGGCUUUGCUUUCAAGUCUAUUUGGAGAGCGCGCCCGACGUGUUCGACGUGGCGCUCGAGCCGCUCGUCUCGGAGCCCAUCUUCGACAAGAAGGCAAUGUCAGAGCUCGCUAUCGCCAAACUCUCGCACUACUCGGCGCCCGUCGGCGGCGGCCAAGACAUUGUGCUGCUCUGCGACCGCGUCGUCAAAGACGACAUUCGGAUCCGCUUUUGGGAAGAGCGCGACGACUGUCUCUAUUGGGAGGCGUUCGCCGACUUCAAGGCCAGCGACAUUCACAAGCAUUUCGCCAUUUCGUUCCGUUCGCCCAAAUAUUGCGACCUUUCGGUGCAGAACGCGAUUCCCGUGAACGUGGAGUUGGUUCGGCCGUCAGAUGGCGGCACUUCCGAGUCGCUGCCCUUCUAUCUGCUGCCCGACCAAAAACGCCAGCGACCGCCGCCGCCGCAGUCACGCCCUCUGCGGACCAAUCAGAUGGAAGAGUACGUGACGGCGCGCGCGGACGUGGACUUUGAUUUCGACGUGACUUCGCUGCCGAUCGACGACUACUUCUGGUGCGACUCUCGCGACACAAACCACGCAUUGCUGGACAUCACGAGCAGAGAGUGGAACGAAGAGAAGACGUUCGCGUGUCUGCAGUGA